AAUGCCAGAAAAAGCACGGCACUAAGACUUGUCUCUUUCUCUUCGACCUCCACAGAUGGAGCACAAUCCGCGCUCUUAAUCUUCAACGAGCUGUGCGCCCAGAAGGACGAGCCGGGGCCCUGCAAGGCCAUUAAGGAGCGAUUCUUCUUCAAUGUUGACGCAGGACUCUGUGAGCUGUUUGAAUAUGGAGGAUGUGGGGGAAACGCCAACAAUUUCGAGACCCUCGAGGCUUGUGAGGAGACGUGCGUCGUCUCAGAUUCCAAGAACCCGUGCCAUCUGGCUGAAGCUCCUGGACCCUGCCGAGGCCUGGCCACACGUUACUUCUUCGACACAGCGAGUCAGCAGUGCAGGCAAUUCUUUUACGGCGGCUGCUUCGGCAACGCAAACAACUUCAGGAGCAUGGCGGAUUGCCAGGCAAAGUGUCAGAACCCAGUUAAUCCCACUAAGGCACCAGAAGUCCACACUGCUAGAAGAGCCUCGAUGGUGCAGCCAACCAUCGUAGCUGAGAAAAUGACUGCAGGUGAACCUGAGAUACAAAGGAAUGAAACCAAUCAAGAGCUAAAAGACAUGAGACCCACAGAUCCAUGCUCCCGGCCCGUAGAGAGCGGAAACUGUGAGGAUGCGCAGAAGAGGUUUGCAUACAGCCCACAGAGCAGGAGGUGCCACGUGUUUCGCUACAGCGGCUGCGGCGGAAACGAGAACAACUUCACAAGUCGGAAGGAAUGCAGUAUCAAGUGUGCUCGACGCAGAAAGGCUCAUGGGAAGAAGAUGAUCAGGAUAAGGAAGAAAAACCUGGACAUCAUUCAACGCUCAGUCUGAACACGCUGCAUUAGAUCCUGCUCUGCUGUGGAGCCACCUUGUAUUUAUGUCCAUACUUUAUUUGUAGCUUCCCUAAAAUCUGACGUUUGUCAUGCUAUUGUGGAAAAAAAAAGAUGAUUUGCUGUAAGGGUGAAUUAGCGUUUCAGUGGCUGAAUGAAUAUAUCAUUAUCGGCAAUGUGCCAUGUAUUAAUUUCUCAUUGACAACAAACAAAAUUGUUAGGCUGAUGUCUAUAACCUCCAUAAUGAUGCUUUUGUAUAAACAAUGUCUUUGUAUGCUAACGUUUCAAGGCUAUGAUGUCAUAAUCAAACUUUUGUUGUUAAGUGAAAAACACCAAAAUUGCAGCACCUUUUUCUCUAAAAAUUAAAUGAAUGCUUCACCUUCAUAUUUGUUGUGUAUAUACAGUAACUGAUGAUUUUCUGGUAUAGCUCCAAUCUUAUUAAUCAAUGUAAGCUGCAGCAUUAGCAGAUUGAACAGCUGGACAAUCUCUCUCCCAAUGAAACAGUAUACAGAGUGUUUCACAGUAAACACAUUCAUCAGGGUGACCCCUGUCCUCACGACUAUAAAUCAAUGUUUACAAGGCACUGACUACUUUAUUUCUAUCAGAUUAAACAUGAACACUCACUUCUUACUCUUUUUAAUCCAUUGUAUGCAGCUCUAUAAAUCACUUUAGCAGUCCUGCUGGUGUUGUCGGUGUGGAGGAGGAACACAAGGGGGCAGUGUUGUGCCAUGGAAAAGGUUGUGUGCUCUGCAAAGGAUUUUGCUUUGAAGUAUUUUCUGUUUUAUAACCACGGCUGUGAUGUAUUAAACUGUAAGAGUUAUAUAAUAAAGCUCAACAAUCAUAA